AUGAAGAAAAAGGUUCUGCUCAUGGGGGCGUCUGGGAGCGGGAAGACUUCGAUGCGGUCGUUGAUCUUUUCUAAUAACCCUGCCUCUCUCACCGCUCGCCUGGGUGCGACCAUCGACGUCGAACAGAAUCAUGUGCGCUUCCUGGGAGACCUGAUCCUGAACUUGUGGGACUGUGGCGGUCAGGACGCGUUCAUGGACUCUUACCUCUCGACCCAGCAGUCCACGAUCUUCCAGCACGUCGGCGUCAUGAUCUAUGUCUUCGAGGUUCAGUCGCGUAACAUGCGCAAGGACCUCGAGUAUUACCGCGACUGUCUUGCGGCUCUCCGUCGGUACAGCCCUGACGCUGCGGUGUUCCUACUUGUGCACAAGAUGGAUCUCGUGAAUGAGCCGAGGGGCCAGACGCUGGACAGGAAGACGGCAGAAUUGCAGCAGGCGAGCGACGGCAUGGGGGUAACUGUGUUCGGGACGAGUAUCUACGAUGAGAGCCUGUACAAGGCAUGGUCUCGAAUCGUGCACACGCUGAUUCCGAACGUGGCGGUGCUUUCAAAGCACCUGACGACCCUCGCACACGCGUGCAACGCGACGGAAGUCAUCCUAUUCGAGCGCACGACCUUUCUUGUUAUUGCCACCUCCUCCCCGCCGCCCUCCCCCGCAUCCAUCCCGCUGCCGGUUACUCCUUUGUUCUCUACACCGUCUUCUAUGCACUCGAACGGCCUCCUCACACCGACGAGUACCUCGCACACCCGCUCGAAUGCGCGUUAUACACCGGACGAUUCAGACCCUCACAAGCUCGCGCCGACCCGGUAUGAGCGCACGUCGGAGCUCAUUAAGGCGUUCAAGCACGCGUGCUCGCGUGUCCGAGAGGAUUUCCGUUCCCUUGAGAUGGAGCUCGCCGAGUUUACUGCCGUGCUCGAUGAGCUCACCAAAAAUACAUACGUCCUCAUCGUCGUCCACGACCCCACAAUAGAGACGGCGGCGCUGAAGAUGAACAUCCGUCUGGCUCGCAAGAAGUUCGAAGAGCUUCAAGGAGACAGUCUCGUCUCCUGA